CAUCUUCUUGUCUAGCGAGCGAUUCAGGCUUCAGCUUAUGUGAUUCGUUGCUCUGGGUUUUGAGAAAUUUCGAGUAUGCAAUUUUAACGAAACUAUUUGUUGUGCACUGUCAAAGAGAAAUUAAUUCUAAAUUCAAAAGCUUUUCAUUUGACUAUAUCUCCCUGUCAGUGGAUGUUGCUUGAAUUUAUGAAUAAUGACGACUUUUGUUAAGUUUAAUUUGUCUGCCUCAUCAAGGAAAGGAAAGAGAAACCAUAAUGAACCGGAGAAAACACUGUAAGGUUGUUCCUGUUAGUGAAAAGGCGCAAAUGAAGAGGAAGCCACAUCCUGCAGGUGAAUUUGAGCAUUGUCUCUUGUGGACGAAUCUUUCUUUGUUCAAGAGAGAUAUCGAUGAGCUCAUAGACGAGUUUGUGGAGGGUAGUUCGACAACGUUUGCUGAUAUGAAGAGGGUGUGGCUAUCAAGAAAGUUUUCUUAUAUAUAUGAAGCCUUUCCUAACACCAACUUAGCCUUUUUCAUUCAGUCACUAUAUGCUCAUACCAUUGGUCACAUGGUUAGUAUUGAUUCUUUUUCACGGAGACUUGGAGGUCUUUACUGUCUUUAUUGCCUUCAUGAGAUCCAGCCUUUUAAACCCAAGUUCCGGAUCUAUAUCUCACUUCAGGAGCUUGAGAAACUUAGGGAUCUUAUAGUUGAGGCAAAGGACAGAGGUGUAGAGAUGGCUAAUGCUGUGGCGAAACAAAUGCUUGACAGAAACAUGUUUAUAUUUGGAGCUGUAGACUUUGAUGAAGCGUCUACAACUGAGAAGCUUCACCAAUCAACAGAGCUACAGAAUGCACUUGUGCGGUGUGCUUAUAGAAAAUUAGCGUCUGAAACCGAGAUUGAGAAGUUUAUUCAUUUGGAUAUGGGUAAUGAAGUUGAUCUGAGUUCCCUGCGUAAAAUGUCUAUGGAAUAUGCAGAGGCCAAGAAGCGUACAGUGAAAAGAGAAAUAGUGGAGAUUGAGGGCAUAAAGCACAUAGCUGAAGAGAAAGAACUGAUGUCAGAGAGAGUGGAGAAACUGAAAGAGGAAUGGGAUUCGCAAAAAGUUUCAUUUUAUGAGAAAACCAAGCUUGAUGGUCUUCAUACGACACAGAAACUUCUGAAAGAUGUUGAAAACGGUGAAGAUGAUGGGUUUGAUGAGCUUGAUCGCCUACUUUGUGAGAGCUGACUUAGGGCAUCUCUAACCCAACUCCAUUUUUUACUCAAAAAUAGAGUAAAAGUGAAUAUGGAGUAACAUAUGCUCCAAUCCAACUUCAUAUCUCAUUCUAUUUUAAAGUUUACUCCAUAAAUGGAAUAAUCUAUUUUUUGUUUGUUCAUGAUUCUAUUAUAGAGUGAAAAAUGGAGUAGGGUUGGAGCAAUUUUAUUCCAUAUUCACUUUUACUCCAUUUUAGAGAAAAAAAUGGAGUUUUACAUUGGAGAUGCUCUUAGCCACUAGAACCACCUUUUAUGGAUGCCCGCUAUUGAAAAGCUCUCUAUAGACCUGGUAUCUACAGGUGAGUUUGCUUGAACCAGACUUUGUAUCAAGUGCUUAUUGAAAAGCUCUCUAUUGCCGCUU